AGAUACAUGGAUUGAAUUUUGUGGAUGCAUACUUCCAUUGUGCUGUCAAUAUCAUCUUCAGAUUACUUUGAAAUUUGAGUAGCAAUUGAAUUUGAAGAAGUAAAACAAGCUUCGAAGAUCUUGGUUGACUGCUACUAUGGCGGCAGAUUUACAAUGUGUUCCAAAUUGCAUGUUACGUUUACAUGGGGCUUAUUUUUGCGCGUUGGAUUACGUCGGUUCUUGAUCGGCGUUGAAGAAAUAAGACAACAGGAAUUCACUUCUUAGGUCUCGAAUUUUGCACACAUGUCGAUCAUUUAGGGUCAGUGAUAGCUGGAGCUUGAAGAAGCGAAAUCGCGUUUCGAUUCUGUUCGAUAGAAAUGGUUGGUGCAAUCGAUGGAAGUAGUCAUACAAAUGGCUCGAUUCAGAACUCAAAUGGUUCCAUGGAGGAGAAGCUUGACGAUCUUCGGCGUGUAUUUGGAAAAGCCGAUGGGGAUCCGCUGAGGAUCGUCGGGGUUGGAGCUGGUGCUUGGGGUAGCGUCUUCAUCGCCAUGCUACAAGAGAGUUACGUUCACUUGAGAGACAAAGUUAUGAUAAGGAUUUGGAGAAGACAUGGACGAACAGUGGAUAAAGCAACUGCAGAGCAUCUAUUCGAAGUGAUAAAUUCAAGGGAAGAUGUGCUGAGAAGAUUGAUCAGGCGAUGUGCGUAUUUGAAAUACGUGGAGGCCAGAUUAGGCGACAGGACACUGUAUGCGGAUGAGAUAUUGAAAGAUGGAUUCUGCUUGAAUAUGAUUGAUACGCCUCUCUGCCCUUUGAAGGUCGUCAACAACUUGCAGGAGGCUGUGUGGGAUGCUGACAUUGUUGUGAAUGGCUUGCCGUCAACUGACACCCGCCAAGUGUUUGAGGAAAUGGGAAGGUAUUGGAAAGAGAGAUUAACGAUGCCUGUCAUCAUUUCUUUGUCAAAGGGUGUGGAGGCUGAAUUGGAGCCUCAACCACGGAUAAUAACUCCUACUCAGAUGAUUAACAGCGCAACUGGAGUUCCUUCAGAUAACAUUCUUUAUCUUGGGGGACCAAAUAUUGCCUCGGAGAUUUACAACAGAGAAUACGCCAAUGCUCGAAUUUGUGGAGCUGAAAAGUGGAGGAAAUCCCUAGCAAAAUUUUUGAGGCAACCCCAUUUCAUUGUGUGGGACAAUGGCGACCUUGUUACCCAUGAAGUAAUGGGUGGAUUAAAGAAUGUCUAUGCCAUUGGAGCCGGAAUGGUGGCAGCUUUAACAAAAGAGAGUGCCACCAGCAAAGCAGUAUACUUUGCACACUGUACAUCCGAGAUGAUAUUUAUUACUCAUCUAUUGGCUGAAGAACCAGAGAAACUGGCAGGACCGUUACUGGCUGACACUUAUGUAACUCUAUUGAAAGGUCGUAACGCGUGGUAUGGGCAAAAAUUAGCUGAAGGAGAACUGAGCCUCGAAAUGGGUGAUAGCAUCAAAGGCAAGGGCAUGAUACAGGGGGUUUCUGCUGUGAAAGCAUUUUAUGAACUGCUGAGUCAGUCCAGCUUGAGUGUUCUACACCCUGAAGAUAACAAGCCUGUCGCUCCAGUUAAGCUUUGCCCAAUUCUGAAGAUGCUCUACAGUAUACUAAUAACAAGGGAGUUUUCAUCACAGGCCAUUCUUCAAGCCUUGAGGGAUGAUACGAUAACCGAUCCUCGAGACCGCAUCAAGAUUGCACAAAGUCAUGUUUUCUAUAAGCCAUCGCUCCUCGGACAGCAGCAUUAACAAACCACUUCUUCUUGUAUGUAGUCUUCUCCAUCAUGUUCAUUCGAAAUGUAGAACUCAAGGAAAAUCAGUUUUGUAGGAACUAGGAUACCUCCCUUUUUCCCCUGUUUUGUAUAAGGCUACAUAAUUUGGACAGUGAUUUUGCGUCAGUUUAGAAGUCUUUUUU